CUGCCGCUUCAUGUGUUUUUGCAAGAAGAGCAGAAAUUCCUGAGUGUGCUCCGUAGUUUAGCAACACAGCGGAUAUGUUACCCAUAAGGCGUGUGUGUAUGUGUGUGUGAGAGAAAGAGAGAGAGGGAGAGAGGGAGAGAGAGAGUUUAGCGAGGACACAGGUGGCACGAUGUGGGCUCGCUUGCUGGUUAGUGUCGGGGGUUCGGGGCUCAGGCUGCGGACUUCCAGGGACGGUUUUCUGCGGGCUGUUGGAGCUGGAUGUGCAGGGAAGAGACAGGCUUCAAGUGCAGAUGCUGACUUGAAGAAGACUCCGCUAUUUGACUUCCACAGGGAGCACGGGGGAAAGAUGGUGGGGUUUGCAGGCUGGAGUUUGCCUGUCCAGUACAAAGACAGUCACAUCGCCUCACACAUGCACACCAGAGAGCACUGCUCCAUCUUCGAUGUCAGCCACAUGCUGCAGACCAAAGUCCACGGCAAAGACAGGGUGAAGUUCAUGGAGUCUCUAGUAGUUGCAGACAUUGCAGAACUCAAGGACAACCAGGGUACAUUGUCGCUCUUCACCUCUGAGAAAGGAGGGAUUAUUGAUGACCUCAUUGUGACAAAGACAGACCAGGGCUACCUCUAUGUAGUCUCUAAUGCUGGCUGCGCUGACAAAGACUCUGCUCAUAUGAAGGCCAGACUGGCAGAGUUCAAAGCUGCAGGUUUUGAUGUGGAUCUGGAGUUUCUUGAUGAAGCGCUGAUUGCUCUACAAGGCCCAUCCAUGUCUCAGGUGCUCCAGGAGGGGCUGAAAGAGGAUCUCAGUAAGCUGACGUUUAUGACCUCCACCUUGGCCACUGUGUUUGGGAUUCCUGGCUGCAGGGUCACUCGCUGCGGAUACACUGGAGAGGACGGUGUGGAGAUCUCCGUCAAUCAGUCCAGAGUGGUGGAGCUGACAGAGAAGCUGCUGGCUAACGGCGAGGUGAAGCUAGCCGGUCUGGGCGCCAGGGACAGUCUGCGGCUGGAGGCGGGUCUUUGUCUCUAUGGCAACGACAUAGAUGAGACCACCACGCCAGUGGAGGGCACUCUAGUCUGGACCAUAGGAAAGCGUCGGCGUCAGACCAAGGAUUUCCCCGGCGCUGACAUCAUUGUACCUCAGAUCAAAGCUAAGACAGCCAGGAAAAGAGUCGGUCUGGUGUCUACCGGGCCCCCUGUCAGACAACACACACCCAUACUCGGCCCUGAUGGGAAGGUCAUAGGUGAGGUGACCAGCGGCUGCCCCUCUCCCUGCCUAAAAAAGAACGUUGCCAUGGGUUACGUGGAUGCGGCAUUUGCUAAGCACGGAACAGCCAUCCAGGUCGAGGUCAGGAAAAAGGCACUGCCCGCCACCGUCAGCAAAAUGCCAUUCGUCCCCACCAACUACUAUUUUGGAUAGGACACACACACACACACACACACACACACACACACACACACACACACACACACACACACACACACACACACACACACACACACACACACACACACACACACACACACACACACACACACACACACACACACAGUACACUCACACUGGAUCAUUCCAGGGCACCAUGGUCCCAUAUACACCAAUGCUGCCCCCUUCAUUUUACCUCCAACAAUGGAAUUCUUCAUUGGUGAGUCCUCUGAGAGAAAAGUAUCACCAAAAUGUUAACUAUCAUAUACACUACUGGAAAUGAAUUACAAGCAGUAUUAUUGAGUCCAAGAUAUGAUGUAUGACAAUAUGGUCCUUGAUGCUCUGGUGACAUGGUUCGUAGACCAAGUUCUGUAUUUUAUAUGUAAGUGGAGAGCAGGUUAAGCAAAAUCUACUUCUGCACUUUCGAUAAGAACAGAAACAGUGAGGCUGUGUGGAUCUAUUAUAAGGAUUAAAUUAA